AUGAUGAAUUCACCUGACAUUUACAACCCUCCAGAACUACAAUUUUGCUUUGCCUUGGUCAACAAUUCAUGCCCUAGAAAUAUGAGGUCUAUGCUGAGUGUGUGUACCAUGUAUAUUGUCAUGAUUGGUGCUAUAGUGAUGACCAUGUUGGGCAACCUGGUUGUGAUAAUUUCCAUUGCCCACUUCAAACAGCUCCAGCAUCCUACCAACUUUCUGAUCCUAUCCAUGGCCACCACUGACUUUUUGUUGAGCUGUGUGGUCAUGCCUUUCAGUAUGGUCAGGUCCAUUGAGUCUUGCUGGUAUUUUGGAGACCUCUUCUGCAAAGUCCACAGCUGCUGUGACAUCAUGCUCUGUACCACCUCUAUUUUUCACCUCUGCUUCAUCUCAGUGGAUCGCUACUAUGCUGUCUGUGACCCUUUGCAUUAUGUCAUCAAAAUUACCAUCCCUGUAAUAGAGGUCUUUCUGCUCAUCAGUUGGUCUAUUCCCAUCUUUUUUGCCUUUGGCCUGGUAUUCUCAGAGUUAAACCUAAUUGGUACAGAGGACUUUGUUGCAGCCAUUGACUGCACAGGUUUGUGUAUAUUGAUAUUUAAUAAACUCUGGGGGGUGCUGGCUUCCUUUAUAGCCUUCUUUCUCCCUGGAACUGUAAUGGUGGGGAUUUAUGUACACAUUUUCACAGUAGCUAGGAAGCAUGCUAGGCAAAUUGGCAUGGGUCCUAUCAAGAGACAAGCUGGGUCAGAAAGCAAAAUGAAAGUAUCAUCCAAAACAGAAAGCAAGGCCACCAAGACAUUAAGCAUAGUCAUGGGAGUGUUUGUGUUGUGCUGGCUGCCCUUUUUUGUCUUGACAAUCAUAGACCCUUUCAUUAAUUUUACAACUCCUGAAGAUUUGUACAAUGUCUUCCUCUGGCUGGGUUAUUUCAAUUCCACUUUCAAUCCCAUUAUAUAUGGCAUGUUUUAUCCCUGGUUUCGAAAAGCAUUGAGGAUGAUUGUCACUGGAACAAUCUUCCACCCUGACUCUUCUACCCUAAACCUAUAUCCUGCAGAUACUUAG